GUUGAGAUCGAUUGUGUGAAUACCUGAGCACAGAUUCUUCGAAGUUUCGCAAUCAUCGCCAUCAGCAACCGCUUACUAUUGAGAAGUGAAUACUUCCAAUCCCCUUGAGACCUACUGAAAAUGAAGGAGACUCGGGAAAAGAACGAUUCUUCGCAGUUCCUAGCCACCUUACGUCGCGCGCAGAGGAAGCUCGUGAGAACCCCACGUGUUGUUGAGAGAGAGACAGAACAACUCGUGCAACGCAAGUGCUCGUUGGGUUCUCUGUUUCCCCAAUACAGUCAGCUUCAGCGGAUUCCAGAAAGAAGGGCUAGCUUUUCUGAGUUUAGGACCAGAAGCUGGGAACAGAACCAUGCAGGCGAAAAAGCGCUGGAGCAAAGCUUACUGCCACGUCGUUUACCCCCAAUUUUGGAAACAAGCUUCAAAACUAGCGGGUCAAUCUCCAAUGACCAUCGUCCGACCUCUGUCCAAGGCCCAUCAGGAGUACUGUCCGAGGGCUCUCCAAACAUAUCUCCAAGAUCAAGUCCUUCCAAGUCCCGGAUGCGGUUUGCGUCGCAGAUGUCCGUCGCUACCAGAGAGGAGGAAACCCAACCACCAUAUUUUGUUUUUCAUCCUGAUGGUAAUGCCAUCUUCUAUUGGACCGGUCUUGUCUGCAUCACAGUUAUGUACAAUUUCUGGAUUGUGAUUUUGAGACUGGCCUUCCCAGAACUUAGCCAUGAGUCUGCAGCUCGGUACAUCUUUUUAAUUGACACAGUUUGUGAUCUCAUUUACAUCUGUGAUAUUGGAAUUCAGCUAAGGACAGCAUAUCUUGUAGACGGUAUUCCGGUGUUCGAUCCUCCCAAGCUAAGAGAACACUACACCUGCCAGUCCCAGUUUGUCCGAGACGUAAUAGCUAUAUUACCGACUGAAACAAUAUGCAGGAUUAUACCAGAAGUCACUCGCAUUCCGAAGCAUUUCUUAUACACAUGUGGGGGCGCCCGAUUGACGAGACUUGCAAAGCUGCACGCCCCCUACAAGUUUUACGAUCUCGUAGACAGCCGCACAAGUAAUCCCAAUGGAAUCAGAGCCUUUCGUCUCACUCUUUCCUUGAUAACUGUAAUUCACUGGAUUGGAUGCCUCUAUUACAUUGUUUCUGAGCACGAGGGUCUCGGAUCAACUGGAUGGGUGUACACAAGCGAUGCUGACAAACAACGACUUUUCAGAAAGUAUGUUGUCUGUCUUUAUUGGUCUGCGAUGACGUUGACGACGAUUGGAGAUUCCAGUCCUCCAGAAACUGAUUUGGAAUACGUUUUCACAGGUCUUACCUUCCUAAUCGGAGUUUUUGUAUUUGCCACGGUAGUAGGAAACGUUGGUGACGUCAUCUCGAACAUGAACGCCACUCGGCAAGACUUUCAAGCCAAGAUGGACCAGAUCAAGAUGUAUCUUACGCACAGGAAAGUCCCUGCUUACCUGCAAAUUAAGGUGAAGAAAUGGGCGGAGUAUUCAUGGUCUAGGACUCAAGCUACGGAUGAAUCAAGGCUACUCCACAUGCUACCAGAAAGUCUGAGAGCGGAGAUUGCAGUACACGUGCACUUGGAUACAUUAAAAAAGGUCAAGAUUUUUGAACAGUGCGAACAUGGAUUUCUUUGCGAGCUCGUUUUAAAACUACGGUCCCAGAUCUAUUCGCCGGGAGACUACAUCUGCCGAGCUGGAGAAACAGGAAGAGAAAUGUACAUUAUCAACCAUGGUAAGGUGGAGGUCGUUGUUACGAACCCAGUUACUGACGAGGAAGUCGUGGUAGCAGUGCUUUGUGAAGGAAAUUAUUUUGGUGAAAUCAGUCUACUGAGAUUAGAUGGAGUUCAAAACCGGCGCACUGCUGAUGUCCGCUCAGUUGGAUAUUCGGAAUUACUGUGUUUAUCUCGGAAAGAUCUAAUGACAGCCCUGGUGGAGUAUCCCGAAGCUAAAGCUAUUUUGGAAGUCCAUGCUCGAGAAAGAAUCAAAACUAAUCUUCAAGCCAAGAGAACUUUUAGCGUGGAUACAAUAAUGGAAACUGGGGAUGACAGCGACACCUUCCGAACCGCUAGGGAACGAGACAGAGAAGAAAAACGACGUGAUAUCAUGGAAAUUCGAGGAAUGAUAGAAGAAUUACGAGACUUCCAGAAUGUGAUGCCUCAACAAAAGAUAACUGAGUUAACGAAAAAGUGUGAAAAUCUUCACUCCCAGAUUAUUCAAAGAGACGCGGAGUUGAAAGACACAAAACGCCGAAUUCUAGAGUUAGAAUGCACCUUAUCUUUAGUUAAAAGUCGCCAAAGCACGCGUUCGUUAUUAAGACUAAGUCCGUUUAGAAGGAAAAGUGGGUCGAAAACUCAGAGUUUGAGUUUAGGGAGAGUGCUUGAACCGAGAAACCGAGUUAUUCUUCAUGAAUCAAUUGAUAGAGUGGAGCUGGAGGCUGACAGGUGUAGGCCGAGCUGUGAUUAUGAUGACUUAGGAUCAUCAAUAGUUGAGAGUGAACCAGCUUCCAUGGAGAACGAAAUAUUAAAGGUAGAAACUUAUGAUCAACCUGAACAGAAGUCUGUACAAGUACCAGGGAUAACUGUAGACGAAGUAACACCUUUAGAGCCAGCAGAUAAGGAAGGUUUAAAUCCUUUGGAUGGUGGUCAAUCAAAUACUGGCCUUCUCGAGAAUCCAGAUGUUAAACGUUACUGGAAAUUAACUUCAGAAAAUAGCUUGACACUCUCUGAAGUUUCGUCCCUUGUGAGUAGUUUUCACACCGAGGAUGGCGACCAAAGCACUGACAGUAGUGCCGCUGAUGAUGUAGGCACAUUCAGUGAUUCAGAAAUUUGGAAAUGUUCAUGAAAAACUAAGAAAGAAUUAAAAAUAUGUUCUUUUGUAAGGGUUCAUAGGAAAUACAUCACUCGGGAGUAUCUGGAUUAUCAAGUAUUAUAAAAUUUGCUCUUUUUACGUUGACAUCGCUCUUGGGUAUAUUAAUUCUAGUGCUUGAAGUGGGGGAAAGGAAGCGGAAUGGUUUGCGAAUUUUUUGAAGCUGAGUACUAUAUUUCUUGUUUUUCAUGUGUAUGCUUUUUUAUUAUCAUAAAAGUAACUAAAAAAUUAGAAACUUAUUAGGUUAGAUUAGGUAAGAUAAUGAAAAAAUAAUAAUAAUUCUUCAUGAGAUAUACUCGUUAGCAGCUCGUGCGUUACGUAAUUCAAUAGAGUAACGUGAGUUACACGUUUAUAUGGUGAUUUACAACUUGUGUGGCGGGAUUAUUAGUUAGACACGGUUCAGAGGCCAAUAAAACAAUAAGAUUAAGGAUAAACAGAUGUAUACUAUAACGAGUUGAUACAAAUCGAUCACAUGGACCGAUCCCUAGCAAGAGGGUUCAUUAACUCCAUCAGUGAACUAAUUUGUCUCAUUCCUACCCAUUCUCUUGCCGCAGUAAAUAAUUGUUGAAUUGUUUAUUGAACCCUUCCAGUCUGAGAAAUGUAUAAGCCAUUAAAAGGUAAUGGGAUGUUUUCGGGCCCUCCUGAAAAGAGGUGGGAUAGCAUUCUGCCUCAUCCCACUCUACUUCAAGCACUGAUUAUUUCCCUAUCAUAAUUAGAAAACUAGCAUUAAUACUUCUAGAAUUAAGUGCAAUCCAAACAACUAUCAGGAGAAAAAUGCCCUAAUAGACUAAAUCAUAACUGAAGCCACAACCGGUUGCACAUUUACUGCAUUCAAAGAAAUUAUUCAUGAUUUUUUCAACUUCUCAUUUAAAACACUAGUAAAAGAGUAUAAGAUUCGUAAUUCCUGUCUUCUGGUGGCUCAGCAGUAAGCUUGAUGGCUCAUGAUGCAAAACUUCGGAACUGAAUAACCCGCUUAUAUAGCCCCCUGUGUAAUUUUGCGCUAACAACAAUAAACAUAUCACCUCUAAGGGGCAUAUUCCAAGACUAUGGUCAAAGAUAAAAUUGUUUUGCUCAGCAUUGAUAAUAUUAAAUCUUAAAGACGAAUAACUAUUUGAAAAUAUAAAAUUCACAUGGCUAUUUAUAUAGUUCAAUGUAUCAAUGAUAUUAAAUGUUCAGUUCUUCCUACUUUUAUUUCUCGAGUGAAAACUUCGUAAGUUCUUUCCUGUAUCUGAAUGUUUAAUUUAUAAGGCCUGAUAAUUUAUUUCGAAUGUAUAAAAUUCUGUGAAAUUAAUGAAGACUGACAGGAUUAUUUUAUGUCGAAUCUAUACAAGAAGCUAGAAAUGGAACUGAAUCUUGAUUUUUAUACUGACACUAAUGCGCAAAAAAAUAAGCUGUUGGUACUUCAUAUAAAAUAUUCAAUGUGUAAUAUUUAUGAAAUGUAAAUUUGAUACAUGGUUUUUAAAACGAUUUAGUUAGAGACGUCGUACUUUUUUUACAUAAUGUGUCCAUACAAAAUUAGAUUAUAUAUAACACAUUUAUAUGGAAUUACGCUUUUUUUAUUUGAGCCUUUCAGUUAGUAAAAGUAACGUGAGACUUCAAGACAAUAUUGUUGAAAAUUCACUAAAAUAUGUUAAGUGUAUUUCAUUAUUUAAGUUGUAAGCUACAAAAAAUUUUAUAAACAUAUUACAUCAAAAUGAGGAAUAGCGUGAAUUUUGCACAACAUAUCCAAACUUUAGAUGAAAAAUAUUUAAAUUUAAUUUUAUAGAGAAGGAAAAGAAAAACAUAAAUAAACGAAAAAUAUACUUGAAAAAAAUAAUAAAAACGCAGCCACAAAACAAACACCCAACACUUGGGCACAGAGCAUAUGGUGGGUCAUUAUGUAAUGUUCCCUGGUUUUUUUAUGAGAUAACGGCGGAAGUAAGAUCUAAAUUACGUGAGGGGUACACGUCUAACCAUUUUUUUUCUUCUUCUUCUUAUAAAGGUACACAUGUUACAUAUAACACACACACUUAUAAAAUUUUUCAUGUUUGUUAGAUAAAAGACUAAACAUCCAGCAGGGAUUAAAAUAGUAAAUUUAUCUGUAUAAAAUCCUGACGUGUUAAAAACAAAACAUUAAAAUUAUCUAGAUAUUUUUGUUUCAUAUUUAGUGUUCUAUUAAAAACCUGGUGUGUUUAUCUGUGCAAAAUAAAAUGCUUUUGACUUAAA